AUGGGCAUCGGUCAAAAAAUCCUCAAACACCUCGGCAUCAACCCCCCGUCACAUACAGGACGACCUCCACCACCAGUCCCUCCCCAUCCCAACCCUCCAGUCUGGGCCCCAACACCAGCGCAAGGCAUCAUACCCGUGCAGAACGCCAGUCUCAUAAUCCACCCGGAUGAACGCGACAUUUCCACCGACAGAUUCAACGGCACCUACAUCCGUCUCGCGCGAUUGCACGAUGGCACAAUCCUUGCGGGCUUCACAUGGCGCCAGGGGGGACGAAUGGACGCACUCCGCAUCCUGAAAAUAUCUCGCAGUCUAGAUGGAGGCCAAUCCUUCCAUGAUUUCAGCGAAGUCUACCGUGGCCACGGCGAGAUUGAUAACCUGCACAUUUUAGAGAUUGCGCCCGAGGGCCAUGUCCUAGCGGCUUUCCGGAACCAUGAUUUCGGCCACAAUCGUGCCGGUGACUUGGCGGGGAUAACGCAUUUUCGAAUCACAGUCUUUGAGUCGAGAGAUGCCGGGGUAACGUGGCGGUAUUUGUCGGAGGCAGCUCAGAAAUCGGAUCCGCCAUUGGGCAUUUGGGAACCAUUUAUGCGGAUGGGUUUGCAGGGUGAAGUGCAACUCAUAUAUUCCCAUGAAUUUGCGCCGGACGAUCAACGCACGAUGCUAGUCUCAUCCUACGACCAGGGCAAAUCAUGGUCCAGUCCGCGCUGCAUUGAAGGGUACCAAGACCGGUUCCGAGACGGUAUGACCGGCAUAACGCAAACAAUCGAUACGGCAACAAGCCAAAUCGCGCUUGUAAUGUGCUUCGAAACCACCAGGUACGCGCCGCAUUUCAACGUCGAGGCUGCCGUUUCGUACGAUGACGGCGCGACAUGGCAGCAUCGUCAUCAGGUGUACACGCCCCGGCGAAGGGGCCACAACGCCGGCGCGCCUCAGAUCACUUCUUUUGGUGACGGAUCAAUGGCCUGCGUGUUCAUGACGGAUGAUGAUGCCGAUGAAGUGAAAUGGAUACAUAAUGCAGCCAUAAAAGUAUGUUUCGGCACUGCGCCGCGUGCAGGAAGGAUUUUGUGGAGUGAACCUGUCAUCAUGUCGCCGGCGUCGAGUUUUUGGCCAGGAAUUAUGGCGUUGGAUGAGAGGACGGCGUUGGUUACAUAUGAGCAUGGGGGUCCGAGGGGGAGGACUGUCGUUAGGCCUUACUAA